AUGGCGACACCACCCCCGGCUCGCGACAGAGCUCCCUCGGAAAGCGUGCCAGUCGGGAGUCCGCAGCCCAAAAAACUGCCCGCCCCCUCAACGCCCACAUCCUCAGUCCGCCGCAAGAUGGCUGCCAAUGCGCCUUCCCCAGCCUCGAAAGAUGGCGUCCCUCCUCGUCGCCCGACUGCAGCCAGCGGCACAGCUGCGAGCGCCCGUCGUCCUGCAGCGGCAUCAACAAGCACGGCGCGAACCACUGCGAGCGCGUCCAAAGCCCCCACCACGGCGACAUCGCGCACCAGCACAGUCGGAUCCAGCCUGAACAAGCCGCCUACGCGUCCGGCAGCAGGGACGACGGCGCGCAGGACCAUCUCAUCGUCGAGAACCGCCUCCGAUGCCGAGCCAGACCUGUCGUCCGUCACAUCAGGCGACGAGAAGAAGAGGACAGCAGUGCGCAGGACGCCCGUCACGUCGUCAGCUACUUCGAGGCCAUCUCCUGCCAAACCGACUUCGAGGCAAUCCAUUGCGCCUUCCACGACCACGACUGCCGCCAAGCGUCCUGUAACCACACGCCCAACUGCAGAGGCAGCGACGACCCGCACUGCCCCACGCGCUUCUCUUGCUGCGUCGACACGGCCGACUGCUACUCGACCCGCGGCAGGAACACGGACGGCAGGCGCAACAGCGAAGGCGCCGGCUGGGCCUGCGAAGAAGCUGUCCGUCUCUGCCCCUCCACCACCAGCGCCGGAAACGGAGGAUACAGCCGAAGAAGCAGAGAGCCCCGUCGUCGUCACCCCUCGCCGUGCGCCCCUCAAGGACAAAGCUGCGUCCGAUGCCGAAACCGAAAAACGCAAGAGCGCUCUCGAGCCCAUCAGGGCUUCCAUGGCGAAACUCGGCGAGGGGCCGCCGCGUCCGGAUACUGCGCCGACGGGACGUGCCGAGAUGGAUGUGGAGAUGAAAAGGCGGAGCGCUCAGAUCAUGCAAGACUUCUUCAAGGAGACCAACCUACGCGACAAGCUUCAAGAGCAAUGCGACGACCUCACCCGCGAAGUCGAUAACCUGCAUUCCGAGAAGGACAAGCUGCGCAAACAGCUGGCGGAUGCUCAGGCCGCCAUUGUUGAGAAGGACAAGGCCAUCUCCGGCGGCUCAGAUGCCUCGCCCUCGCAGCACCGCGCCCACACGAUCCUCGUCGAGGACAUGGAAAAGAAGUUUGCGAGAGAAACCAAGCAGCUGGAAGAGCAGAGCCAACAGCUGGAGGAGGAGAAGAAGGCUGCGCAGGAGAGAGAGGCAACCGAGGCAGCCAAGGCUAGCGAGCUGCAGCAGGUCUUGGACGAUCUGAACGCCGAACUGGAACAACAGGGCCAGCAAUGGGACGAAGAGAAGAAGAAGCUCGUCGAGCAAGCCGCGCAGAUCGAGGGGCUCAACAAGGAGAUUUCUACGCUUCGGGAGGAGCGUGACAGCUUGUCGCAAGAGCUGGACAUCGCCAAGAAGACGCUGGAAAACCUCGAAACGAAAUUCGCGGAGCUCGAGCAGACCCAAUCCGACAAUCUCCGUUCGCGCGAUGCUAAGAUCACCGAGCUGACCAAGACUGUCGAUGAGUACGUGACAGAGGUCGCCUCUCGGGAGGAGAGGCAUACCAAUGCCCUUCAAGAAGCACAACGGUCUCUCGAGUCAAAGUCCUCCGAGUCUUCAGCUGCCGUGGAGCAACUUCAGUUCGAGAUCCAGACCCUACAUCAGAAACACACUGACGAACUGCGCCUCAAGGAAGAGACUAUCGCAAGUCACAUUCAGGCGCAAAAGGAGCUUCAAGACGAUAUUACCAAGCUGCAAGAACGGGCUGAUCAGGUCUCUGCUGACCUGGACACCGAACGCAGCGCCCAUGCAGAACAAAUGCAGGCCAAGAUCGAGGAGCUACAGAAGAGUUCAGAAGCAGAGCUGCAAGCGAGAGAAGACGAGCUUUCUGGCCAUCUCAAGUCUAUCGAUGGUCUCCAGGAACAGAUCGUGGCCCUGCAGCAAGGUUCAACUGACGGUGCCAGAGUCGCCGAAGAGCUGCACAAGCAAAUUCAAGAACUGAAGGAGGCUCAUGAGGCAGCGAUCAAAGUCAAGACCGAUGAGAACGAGGAGCUUGUGCGACAACUGGAUGCCAUAAACGAGCAGCUCACCACUGACGCCGCCGAGCUUGAACAGCUCAGGGAAGAGGCAGCAAGUCUCCGCAGCACCAUCGAGACACUCGAGAAGACCUCGCAACAGCAAGAGUCCCAGCACGCCUCCGACUUGGCGAAAGUCCAAGCUGAACUGAACGACGCGAACAAGAAGGUGGAAGCCCACAAGGCAGAGCUUGAUACGCUGCACGAUAGACACAAGCAAGACCUUCGGGUCAUUGGCGAGGAUUAUGAACGCGAGAUUGAGUCGCUGCGGGCGGAUCUUGAAGGAGACGCAACCAAGCGACUCAACACCCUGCAGGCUGACUACGACUCCCUCGUGACCGAGAAGAGCAAAACACUGGAACAGCAUGAGCAGAUCCUUGCUGGGCGAUCCAGUGAGCUUGAAGCUGCCAAGAAACAGGCUGAAGAAGCCCAGGAGAGUACCGCUCGCGCGACCGAAAAUCGAGAUGAUGCGCUCAUGAAGCUCAAGAAGUUCGAAGAAGAGAAGGCGGCUCUCACAGAGGCACACGGCAUCUCGCAGUCUCUAGUCGCCGAUCUUCAAGCACGCGUCGAUGCCCUCACUCAGGAAGCUGCCACUGUCAAAGACGUCCAGUCUCAAUUAGACCGUCUGAAGGAGGAGAAAGCCGCCAUAGAGGAGGCGCAUGGGAUGACUCAGUCGAUCAUCGCCGAUUUGCAAGCCCGUCAUGACUCCCUUCUGGAAGACAAGACCUCUGCUGAAGACGCUCAUAGCCGAGCGAUUGAAGCGCUGAAGCAGGACUCUGAAAGCCAGUCCAAGCAUCUGCUCGCUGAACUGCAAGCGAAGUAUGAUGCCUUGCUGGAUGAGAAGAAGGCUGCAGAGCAGGAAUACCAUCGUGUGCUGGAGACUCAGAAGCAGAACGCCGAUGCCUAUGCUUCUUCGAAGGAACUAAUCGAAGAAGUCCAAUCCAAAUACGACAGUCUGCUGCGCGAGAAGACUGCAUCUGACGAGGAACACGAACGUGCGAUCAAGGCACUAAAGCACGACUCCGAGAACACAUCAAGGCAGCUCAUGGACGAGCUUCAGGCCAAAUACGACGCACUGCUCGAAGAAAAGAACGCAACCGAAGCAACCUAUACUCAAACAAUUGAGGCUUUGAAAUCUGAGUCGGAAAGCACCACCAAGUCGAUCCUAGGCGAGCUUCAAUUCAAGUACGACGUACUGUUGGAAGACAAGUCUGCGGCUGAUGAUGAGCACAACCAAGCUAUCAUGCACCUAAAGGAACAGGUCGAGGGCGCGUCCAAAGAGCUUCUGAGCGAGCUCCAAGCCAAGUACGACCAAGCUCAGGACAACGUAAAGAGCAUGUCCGAAGCUUUAAGCGCUUUGCAAAUGAAGCACGAUGCUGCCUUGGAAGAGAUCAACAAUAUCGAGGCUAACCACAAGGCUGAGAUCGAUGCUCUCCAGAGCCAGCGUGACGACCUUUCCAAGCGACUUUCACAACUCGAAAAGAGCCACGCAGACGUGCUCACCGGGCAGCUGGUGACCGAGGAAGCACACGCAAAAGCACUCGAAACUCAACAGUCUGAGAUUGAGCAAAGGUAUGCCAGUCUACUUGAGAUCAUGCAAAGCGACGCCGAUCGACUGGAACAGGAGAAGUCUACGGCGCUAUCGGGCAAACAAUCCGCCAUCAACGAGCUCGCUGCUCUUAAGAAAGAGCUGAACGCUGAGAUCGAUGAGCUCAAGUCCGGACUCUCCACGAGGGACCAAGUGCAAUCCACCGGAAACGACGAGAUGACCCUGAAAUACGAGAACCUUCUUGCCGAGAAGACCGCUGCGGAGAAGGAGCAUCAGGAUGCCAUGACAUUGCUCAGGGACUCUCUCACGCAGGACCAUGAGCAGGCCCUAUCGAAGUUGCAAUCCGAGUACAACGCUUUGCAAGAAAAGAUUGCCAAGACAGAUCAAGAGCAGAGUGACGCAAUUGAGCUACUGAAAGAUGAGUUCCAAGCAGGUCAUUCGAACGACAUGCAGGCCUUGAAACAACAGCUUGAGGCUAUGCAGAAACGGCACUCUGACCUUACCGAGCAGAAGGCGUCUAUGGAUCAGGCACAUGAGGAAGCUAUCAGCGAAUUGAUGGUUGGCAUGGAAGCCAGCACCUCCGACGCUUUGCAGCAACUGCAGGAGAAGUACGCUGCUCUUGCCACUGAGCUGGAAGCCGAGCGUUCCCGGCAUGCCAGCGAACUCGAAGCUGUAAGGCAAGAGACAGCCACACAGGCAACCUCAGGGAAGGACAUGUCGCAGCAAGCCCCAAUCACCGACAUCUCGGAAGCCUCCACAUCGAACGGAACUGAUUACGAAGAAAAGCUUCGUGAGGUGGAGCGACAACGUGACGAAGCCAUGAGAGCUGCCCAGGACGCCGAAGACCGCAUCGAAACCAUGAAAGGCGAAGUCGUUCGCAAGCAUUUGGCACGAGUUGAGCCCUUGGAGAAGGAGAACGCCUUCCUCACCGACAAGAUCGACCGCCUUGAAGCCAUCAUUGCCGCCGGUGAUCGCAUUGCUCGUGCGGCCGCUACCAUAGGCGAGCAGCGUAAGAUCAACACUCUCGCAGAAGAGGAUGAGGAGGACGAGGAAGCCAUGGCGCCGGGCAUCCCGGCUCCCAAAACGAAUGGCGCCAGUGACCACGAAGAUGUGGUAGGAACUCAGUUGGCAGCUAUGCAAGAGACCCUAAACCAGCUCGCUGAGCUCAACAACGAGGCCAUCUCUGAGAGCACGAAGACCGCCCACAAGCUCACCGUUGAGCAGGACUAG